GAGGGGAGGGGUGCCGCACUGUCGUUGGGAGUCCAAGUGAGGAGACGCAUUAUUGCAGCUGAAACACUUUGCACGAACCAAAGUACCGCACUUCCCCCCCAAGACGAAGAGGAGGAGGAGGAGACGGGAGUCAACGAGAAACAGCUGGUUUCUCAUCACUGCACUUUUCUCUCUCCCGAUCUUGAAAUUUGUUUUGUGGCUCUCAGAAGAGGAAACUACCCAACCUGGCAGCCAAUCAGCGCUGCGUCCUCGAUCAGCAUCCAGGAGCAGCUCCAAACGCUCAGCAUCACUUGGCAGAGCCGGACGCAGAAAAGCCCCGCUGGGACCCGAACACCCAUGGAUUCAUCUCUCGGCUGGAUUAUAAUUUAGAAGCGCUGCUCUCUUCUUGAACUCGCGUUGCUCCCCAUCUUUCACCCCCACUGUGAGUUAUUGCCCGACCUGUAUACGUGGCUCGGUAUUGCGGUACUUUUGCUGACGGCUUGCAGUAUAAAUGCAUCGCUAGAAGAUCUCCACUGCGCCAAGAAGACUCCCCGCCCAUUUCUGAAGCUUCUUAAAUCUCUUUACUAAUUAAAACCUCAGAUUGUUUUUCCUGGAUAAGUGCCUUCACUUAUUUUCGGAGAUUUUUUAUUAUUAUUUUUACUUUAGUAUCCUCCCUCUCCUCCCUCACUUCCACCGCUGAGUCAGUUCAAACAGCUGCAUAGAAGAUGUCUGCCCCAGAUGCUGCUGCCCCUCCAGCUGCUGGACCUCCAGGCGCUCCUGGCGCCCCGGGUCCAGAUGGAGCCCCAGGUGGAGCGCCACCCGGCCCACCCAACACCAGCAGCAACCGCAGGCUUCAGCAGACACAGGCCCAAGUCGAGGAGGUGGUGGAUAUCAUGCGGGUGAACGUGGACAAGGUUUUGGAAAGGGACCAGAAGCUUUCAGAGUUGGAUGACAGAGCAGAUGCUCUGCAGGCCGGAGCCUCCCAAUUCGAAAGCUGCGCAGCCAAGCUAAAAAACAAGUACUGGUGGAAGAAUUGCAAGAUGAUGAUCAUGAUGGGCAUCAUUGGAGUCAUUGUGGUUGGAAUAAUAUUCUUGUACUUCUUCUACUGAGCGCCUCCCAUCAUCACAGAUGAACUCAAACCUAAGGAUACCGUUACAGGGGAGAGGAAAAAAUGAAGCGCCACUCCUCCCUUCUAUCAGCCUUCCUCCUCUUCACACAAACUUCCAUUGAACCAUCCUGCACCCCAACUGUCGUGUUCCUGCGUAUGUGUUUCUGCUCUCUCCGUGCCCCUCUCCCCACCUUCUUUCUUGCUGCUUUCUCUCAGUCUUCCUCCAUGAGGUCUCACUCACUCUCUCCAGUCUCUGCACCUCAUGUAUUAUAGAAGGCUGCAGCGGGCGGACGGAAACAGGGAGGAG